UCGCGUUUCCCGCUUUCCUUUUCUCUUCGGUUUUCCCUUUCGCGCAACACCGCCCUCCUUUUUUAAUCUUCUUUUUCACUGCUCUUUUGUUGUUUCUUUUUAAGUGUUUUGUUGUUUGGUGUAAAUAAAUUAAAUAAAUACGGAGUAAACGAGAAGCUUCAGAUCAGAUCUGGAGAGAGUGGUCUGAGGCACUGUUGUUGUUUUCCCGGGAAAUGCAGACUAGGUACAUGGAAAGAUCUUCGACUAUGGCCCGGGAGAAACGGGCUUUGGAUCCGGGUAGUGGGAGUGAAGAGGGUCAACCCGAUAGGAAACGUCCUGCUCUUGCCAGUGUUAUUAUUGAGGCACUUAAGGUGGACAGUCUGCAGAAACUUUGUUCAUCGCUGGAGCCAAUUCUUCGGAGAGUUGUUAGUGAAGAAGUGGAACGUGCAUUGGCAAAGCUGGGCCCUGCCCAAAUUAAUGCAAGGGUUUCUCCAAAAAGAUUAGAAGGGCCAGAUGGAAGAAAUUUACAGCUCCAUUUCAGGUCCAAAUUGUCACUGCCUCUCUUUACAGGAGGGAAGGUUGAAGGAGAACAAGGUUCUGCGGUCCAUAUUGUCUUGAUUGAUGGAAAUACCGGCCAUGUUGUAACAUCAGGUCCGGAAUCGUCAGUUAAAUUAGAUGUUGUUGUACUUGAAGGAGACUUCAACAAUGAGGACGAGAAUGGUUGGACUCAGGAAGAAUUUGAGUCUCAUAUAGUGAAAGAGCGUGAAGGAAAGAGGCCACUUCUAGCUGGGGAAUCGCAAGUGAUAUUAAAGGAUGGUGUAGGCACCCUUGGUGAGUUGACAUUUACCGACAACUCUAGCUGGAUCAGAAGCAGAAAGUUUAGACUAGGUUUGAAGGUUGCAUCAGGAUGUUGUGAGGGCAUUCACAUUCGUGAGGCUAAAACAGAUGCAUUUACUGUCAAGGAUCACAGAGGCGAAUUGUACAAGAAGCAUUACCCACCUGCAUUAAGUGAUGAAGUUUGGAGAUUGGAAAAGAUAGGGAAGGAUGGGUCUUUCCACAAGAGGCUGAAUAAAUCUGGAAUAUACACUGUAGAAGACUUCCUACGACUUGUUGUGAAGGACCCACAGAGGCUUCGAAAUAUCCUGGGAAGUGGAAUGUCAAAUAAAAUGUGGGAAGCUCUUGUAGAGCAUGCAAAGACGUGUGUUCUAAGUGGGAAACUCUAUGUCUACUAUCCUGAUGAGUACCUGAAGAAUGUCGGGGUUGUGUUUAACAAUAUAUAUGAAUUGUGUGGAUUGAUUGCUGGUGGAGAGUAUCACUCUGUCGAUUCUCUUUCAGAUGAUCAAAAGGGCUAUGUGGACUCGUUAGUGAAGAAGGCAUACGACAAUUGGAUGCACGUUAUUGAAUAUGAUGGGAAAUCUCUCAUGAACCUCAACGAGAAUAAGAACUCAGAUUCUCCUCAAAAUGACCUCCUAACUGCCUCUCAAAACCAUUCAAACUCUUUUAACCAUCAGCUAAAUAUGCCAAGUCUCUCAGCCUCAAUUUCUUCCGAGCAGCCUGAUCUGGAUCCGGGAUUGAAUGUUAGAGGAUACAAUGACAACAGUGGAAGCAUGUUUCCGAAUGUGAGUGCUAGUGUACAGUUGAGUGAUGCUUCUUUCCAGAACCACUCGGUAGGCGCAUCACAACAAGCUCUGCCUUCUGGAAACUACAAUAUGCUGCCUCUCGGUCCGCAACAGUCUUCAAUGCCCAGCUUCCUUGCUCCCGGCACAUCAAAUCUUGCCUUGUAUAGCGGAGCUGAUGACUUCUUUACUGAAGAAAUCCGGUUGAGAAGUCACGAGAUACUUGGAAAUCAAGACAUGCAGCAGCUUCUUCACGUUUUCAACUCAGGUGGCAGUGGCCGUCCUCCUGCUAAUGUCAUCACUGAAGACAGUUAUCCUUACACCUCACAGCAGGCGCCCGAUAUGCCUUCAGCCUUUGGAUUCAACGAGGAUCGUUCACGUUCUGGCAAAGCUGUUGUCGGUUGGCUCAAGCUUAAAGCUGCCCUGAGAUGGGGCAUCUUCAUCCGAAAGAAAGCUGCUGAAAGGAGGGCACAAAUCGUUGAAUUGGAUGACUUGUAGCUGUAGCUAUGCCCGCUUUACACUUGAGAGCUCCAUUGGCAAAAAAGAUCGAUCCGGUUUUGGAACAAUCCCUAGUAUCCAAGAAGUAUGAUACAUAUGCCAUACAGUCCCUGCCUGUACAGAGAAUAAUCUUUGAAUAGGUGAAAAUAAUGAAAGCGCAUUCGAGUUUUUCAGCGCUGGCGCCAGCAUUUGUUAACCAGAGGUGUUUUUCACCAUAAGCUCUAAGGAGAUUGGUGGAUCUUGGAAAACAAACAAUUCAAUGACAGCUUAGGAUUGCAGGGUUUUACUUUACUUAUGUUUUGUUUUGUUUUCUUUCCCUUAAUUUUCCCAGAGAAAUUUAAGGUUGACUGGCUUUACACUUACUGUAUUAUGCUUUAUUCUUUUUAAUAAUAAUUUUCCUCUUAGUUUUGUA